GGCGCGUCGCUGCUCCCGCUCGCUGCGGGUCGCGGACGUCAGUGCUCAGUAUCUCAGUGCGUAUGAUUCUGUGAUUACGUGUUCGCCAUGUUCCCUACGCUCGUGUGUUACCUCUUCGCCCUGGCCGUCCUCCUCACGGUGGCCGCCGCCGAGAGCAAGAUCUCUGAAACCCCGGACGGCCUCAAAAUCGAGCACCUCUUCACCCCCGAGGUCUGCACCCAGAAAUCCAAGUCCGGGGACAUGCUCACCAUGCACUAUACCGGAACUCUACAAGACGGGACUAAAUUCGACUCUAGUUUAGAUAGAGAAAAGCCUUUCACCUUCCAGUUGGGCGUAGGACAAGUCAUCAAGGGAUGGGAUCAGGGACUGACAGAUAUGUGCGUCGGUGAGAAGAGGAAGCUCACAAUUCCACCAGCGAUGGCCUACGGAGACCGAGGCGCCGGCAAUGUCAUACCCGGUGGAGCAACUCUUACUUUUGAGGUAGAAUUAAUAAACAUUGGUGAUCAGGCACCUACGACAAAUGUAUUCAAAGAAAUUGAUAUGGACGCAGACAAACAGCUUUCAAGGGAUGAAGUGAGCGAGUACCUGAAAAAGCAAAUGGUGGCUGCUGAAGGUGCCGAAGGUGGUGAAGACGUAAAACAGAUGUUGGAGGAGCAUGAUAAAUUAGUCGAAGAAAUUUUCCAACACGAAGACAAGGAUAAAAACGGAUACAUAAGUCAUGAUGAAUUCUCAGGGCCCAAACACGAUGAACUGUAGAGGAUGAACCAGAGAGACACUAUCAUUUAUAAUGCUCGAAUGUGAUUUAAAUCAGAUUUUCCCUUUUUCAUCAUUGCCGUCCAAUUUUUUAUUUAUUCAUUCCGUUUUUUUUAAAUUUGUUAGUUUUUUUUUACUUUUAUUAACAUUCUUGAAAGCUCCGUUUGUCUUUUCUAAGGGUACCUAUCUCUUGUUUUUUGAUGCCCAAUGAAAUAAAUGUCAACAAUUGCUCAUAUCGAGUAAUUUUUAAACGUGUCUUGACAUUUUUAUAAGUAGAUUAUAAUAUUGGUGGGUACUUAAUCGUGUUUGUGUACAUUUCUCCACGUGCUUUUGCUGUUGUACGAAAGUGGACUUAAAAUGUAAUUCUGUAAGUAAAUUCAGGGAUACCACAAAAAGUGACACAAGUUUAAUGCCACCUUAAAUGUGGUCUUGGGACGAAUUUAUAUUUAAUUUUCAUACCAACUGCAUUUAUGCGACCUUCCACAGGAAAAAAUACCCCAGUAUGAAGAGGCAAAAUUUUCAAUAGAACCCAUUUUGUCAAGUUUGAUAAAAAAAAAAAAAAAAAUCGUAAUUUGAGAUUAUAAGGAACAACUACCUCGGGUGCCUUAUGAAGUAAGUUGCGGGCAGUUUAAUUUUUUUUUGCGCCAACAAAAAUUAUGAGGAUGCUUUAUAAUUUGUCAUUCUUGGACCCUUAACAUGGCAGAUUUGAAUUUUACGAAGGUGCAGCUAAUUCCAUGUUUUAACCAGCAAAAUCAUGUUCCUUGAACUGGAAAUUUCAAAGCACCAUGACACCAGUUUAGUUCGACAUUUUUGGGCUCUUUUCAUUCCAAAAGUUUUGUUUCUAAAGUCUUCAUGCUCUAGUAUUUGUUACUCAAUUCUGGGAUUUUGAGGAUUAAUUAGAUCCCUUUUCAAGUCGACGGUCACAAAUGUAUGUAUUAGAAGAGCAACAUGUAAAAUCAAAAAAUUGUGUGUACUAGGUGAUAGGUAUAGCCCUUUGGCAUGCCAUCAAAAACUUGAAACUGCCUCUAUUAUGAAAAGGAACAUGGGCAUAGGCAUGGGUUUAAAAACCUUAGCUGCUUGCUGCUCAAAAGCAACUCCUUUUUUUUUUUUUUUUUUUUUUUUUUUUUUUUUUUUUUUUUUUUGGCGUGAGUUACGCUCAUUAUAUAUUUGCUGUGCAUUCCAUUGAAUAAUGAUGAGACAUUUUUCUUUUCAAACAUGCUAGCCAGGCUGCUCUAGAGAAAUGAUAAUCAAAGCAAACAUUGAAAAGCCAUCCUUACCUUUCCUCUAUGUACCUAGUUCUUCAAAACUCAAAUUGUAACAUCAAAAUUAACUUAGUUAACUUAAACAAUAGAAUGUAGAACAUUAUUAGUUUUUUCCUUUAUUUGCUGGAAAAAAUUAUCUUGUCACCAUUUGAAAAUUUUAACAAUGAAUGAAUAUCUAUAGAUAUAUUUUUGUUACAUUAGCCAAUAUGUUCAGUUUUUUCCCCCUAAAGAUUGUAAUUCAGCAAAACAAGCAUUUUAUGCUUUCCAAAAAAUUCAACCAUUUCUUUGUGGGGAUAUGGUGAUCAGGUCUGAUUUGAUCGUUUCCGGUGGGAUUUUGAAAAGAAUUUACACUAAAAUAACUGAUUGUCCCGAAAAACAUUAACAUGAUUUUUUGCAUGAACUUUAUUUUGACUUUUAGAUUCAAAUCGUACGUUUUCAUAAUGUGGAGGAGUUCCCAUGAUUCUAUAGAGACGGUUGCAGUGCAAAAGAGAGUUUCCAGAGUGUUAUUCAUAUCAGUCUAGCUGAAACAGAUUGUCGGUAAAAGAUCACUCGUUGAGCGGUAGUGAAUCGUCGGACAACAUAUCCGCAGCCGAUGUGAGAGCGCAGUUCUCAUGAUCGUACACGCAUCUCAUAGGUGUACGUGAUCCUAACGUUACAUCGACUGGGGAAACUUCAAUGUGAACAUUAAGAGAUUUUAAGGGGAAAAUUAAAUCUCGGGUGGUUUGUGAUCCGACAACCCACACGUACACCGUAUACUGUCUAGCCAAUAUCUCGAAGACUCUCUCCACUGAUGAAUGGGGAACCGUUCUAUCGUUCCAAGCAAGGAUUAUAAGGAUUAUAUUGAAAUAAGAUCAAUUUUUUGACAUUUCCUCCUUCUUGAUGUGAAUUUAUCGAAAGAGAUUCACUCAUUUUAAGUGCUCAAUCCUUGGGUAGGUACUUAGGUUCUUGCUCAUUAGUUGUACGUUUUUCUGCUCAAUUGCAUUAGAGGGAAAUUUCAGGCUAGCACAACAUAUCUUGCUUUAGAUACUAAUUCUCAUGCAUUUAAGUAAAUAAAUUAUUUUUACUUUUAAUUGUAAGCAAAGGUCCUCCAUUUCGUGUGAGAUUUUUUUCUCACGCUACAAAAAUUUUGUGUUUAUUUUCUAUGUACAUUUUGGCCAUUGAUACAAUGCACAACAGAGGGAGCAAAAAAUGCUUCUAAUUUUUAUUGGGUAAGGCAGAGAUGAUGAAUGAAGGAAUUUAGGUCUCGUCUGCACUAAGUUUGAAUACCUGCAUUCAAAGGCAUAUAAAAGGCCACAUCGACCCUUUUCAAAGUCCAAUUAAGGAACCAAAAUGGCAUCAAACUAACGCUCAGCUAUCAUCAGACCAAUUUUAAAGUGAUGAGCCCCUUCAAUCAAUCUGCUUUUAAAUCAUGCAUUUUGACUGAGUGCUGCUAAGUUCCUCACAACAUGACUCAACACUUGCAAUUUUAUUCUGAACAAUAUAACUCUGAUUACCACUUUCUCCGCGUAUUACGAUAAAAUAAUAAACAAAGACUGGAGAAUUUUGGAACUUUAAGUACCUGGUAGAUGGAAUCUCUUGACUCAGUAGUAUAUAGCUCAUGUUAUUUGCUGAAACGCGCCUCAAGCACAUGCUCUGGCAUGUUGCUAUGAUUAAAUUUUAACUAGCAGUCUUAAAUAAUUCGGAAAUUCAUAAAAGAAGAUUGAUAUCGGUUGAGGAUUUUUUGAAAAAGAAAGAAAUAUACAUGUUUGUACCUCGUUCCAAUUGACAAGGUUUGUAAAAAAAAAGGCAUGGUGCAUACAAUGGUCAGCAUGUCCCAAAAUGAGACGAUUUUAAUUUUUUCUUUUGCUCUCUCUCUGUUCUUGAAUUGUUGGUUGAAAUUUGAGGAAUAUAUGAUACAGUGAAAAUAUUUUGUUCCAGAGAGAUACGCAAACAGAAAAAAUGAAUUGCACAUUGUACUCUACAUAUGCUUCCUUGUUUUCUUACUUUGAUUCGAUAAAAUUGAUUGAUGUAUUCAAAAUCAUAUUGAGACUAUAGAAUAAUUAAGUUAGUCCUUUCUGAGAUUAUGCACUGGUGGACCCCUUUACAAAGUUCACAAUUGUAGAUUUUCGAAACAAGAGAAAGUGCCAUCAAGGGUGCUUUUGUUGUGAUACGAUUUUUUUCUACUAAGCCUUCAAUUCUUCUCAAUAGGAAUAAUUUAGAAUGAUUUUCAGAUAAUGUAUUGAACAAAUUAAGAGGAGAUACUUCCAAGAUGAACUCCUCAAGAAUCUUGUUAAAAACCGCAAUUUUUUCACGUUACUCUUUCUGUCUUCCAUUAAACAAUUGCUAUGUUCAAGGACACUGUGGAUCAUUGUACAGUUGUUUCACAGCUAUUUUUAUGAUACUCUCAAUUUCAGAAUAGUGUGUUUUUAUAAUAAAAAUGUACCUAAUUUUGUUACUCUAUAGAGAUGUUUUGAAAACUGAAUAGAUGAAAUAAAAAUCAAAUUUGUUUUUUCUUUCCUA